AUGUCACCAGCUCCCCCUUCUGCACUUAAAAGGCGCUUAAGUAAAGGUUCCCCCUCGCCUAAAACAUUGAAACUAGAUGAGAGUGUCGCUGCUUUGCCCUCAAUAUUAACUGCGAUUCGUGAACUUGAGGAGAAAAUACAGUGUCAGACAGAGAAAUUACAGAGGUGUGAAACCGAAGUUGAGAAGCUGCGCCUUAUGGUUGAGAAAGUGGAAGCAGAGAAAAUUGCUCCCGAAGUUGCUGCUGACGCGGUUGUUCUUGACAUACCGUUUAUCGAAGGAGGGAAUUUAAAGAGCACGUCUAAUUUGGUGUGCUUGUCCAUUGAUUUUCACGUUCCGCAAAUAAGAGACAUCUUCCGUAUCAAGCGCAUGAAUAGUAACACUAGCAGCGUAGUGAUCAUCAAAUUCUAUACACCAACUGAUCGCAACCGUACUCUCCGCGCUUUCAGCAACUACAGAAGGAGAACUAAAUCUGCAGUCUCUCUAUCUGUUGUUUGUAUCGAAGGUACACUUUCUAUAUUUGAGAGUCUGGCUGCUGCUACAAGAAAGAUACUGCAAGAGACUAUACGGUUAAGAAGAGCUGGAAAAUUGGUCUCCGUAUUUACUCUGCGUGGUGCUGUGUAUGCUAGAGUUAACAAAGGUUCUCCUGCUAUAAAAAUUUAUAAGCAAAAUGAUUUGCAAAAAUUCUGUUGA